AGUUGCUUCAUGCUUGCAUAAUGCAGACUGCAGACGUGCAGUUCUAGACCCUGGUCGCUAUAUUCCAGUAUACGACGCGAGUUCGUAACCGUCACUUAGACACUGAGUAUACUGAAUGCUAAAUUCUUGUCUAUGGUGCUGUCGUUUGAAUUACCGAACGAAUCAUGAUUUAACAUUUUAACAUAUUCCAAAUACGCCUCAAACCUCAAAACUUUCUAGAUUGGACAACCGAAGGCCACCGUCAUAUUUAAAUUGUGAUGACCAACACCAACUGAGACGCCUAACGCGUUAUCAUGGCUCUUGUGUUCAACGACAACGAUCCCUGGUUAAUUGAAUACGAGUCAUGUGAGAAGCUAUAUAGAGAAAUAGAAGGAUUAUUAAAUGUGAGAGAAUUAGAGCAAAAGUCUUCCGAAAAAUAUGUUUUGUAUUCAUCACAAAUCCGGCUUAGGCUGAAACAAUUUACUGAUGAAGUCCAACAAUUAUCUCAUAAACUUAGAGGACUUGCAACAUCUAAGGCUGUUACACUGGACGAAGAAGAACGACGUCAACGGAUGCUUGAGUUACUCCAAAGCAGAAAUAUUUUAUUAAAUCAACGUUUUCAGAAUAGGAAUAAUAGUCAUACACUAGAACGUCAAGAGUUGAUGAGACCAAGUACUAGUAAGGCCAAAAAAACUGAAAUGCCAACCACUGGUUGGCUGGACAGUGAUGAUGAUGACUAUGAUGAUAAACAACCAUUACUUAGUGAAAAAGUGCUUAAACAACAGCAACAGUACUUACUCAAAGAACAAGACGAUAGAUUAAAUGAAUUAGCAUCAAUUGUGUCUAGACAGAAAAGUAUUGCUAUCACCAUAAGCAGUGAAGUUGAUCUACAAAAUGAACUAGUUGAUGACCUAUUGGUGGCGAUGGACAAAACAGCAGCUGGAAUUGAAAGCGAGACCAAGGAAGUAGUUCAGAUAUUAAAAAAAGAUUCAACUCGAGGACUUUGGGUGAUAAUUAUUCUUCUACUGAUUGCAAAUGUAGUGGUUGCUUUGUCGUGAUAUUUGGUUAAAAUAUAUAAAUACAACUCGCAAUUAUGUUAAGAUUAUUUUUCUAUACACCUUUUAAUAUUUAUUGAUAUUUAAAUUUUAUUUUAUUAUAAUUGUUAAUUAUUGGAUAUUUUUUUAAAUAAAUAAAGUGAUUCUAAA